CUGCGUUAAAUAUGGCGGCCAAGUGGGAAAGCUUUUGUUCCAGCGUAGACUUGUCACGUCACGUCUUUGUAACCCAGCCAGUAGACGCAAAUCAGACGAGCUUCUACGGCAAUAGAAAGGGUUCUGAUGUCUACGACGACAAAUUGCUUUUGAAUAGCAGGCGGACUCUCCAGUCGACCCUGCUGCUGAGAAAGCAGAAUCAGCUAGCUAGCGUUUCUGAGGAUUUUGAUUUAGGAAGAGCGGCGUUUAGUCGUCAAAUUACGGGAUUGCAAGGCAAACGCCUAGAACUCAUUCACAAACAGUCUGAAUUGAAGGAAAAAACAGCAAAGUUUGGACAUCUUCUCAGAGACACAGAAAUGAAACGGCAAAGAGCUUUGAAGACAUAUCAGAAAGAACGUAAACAGUGCUUUGAGAAGGAUCAGGAAUUGGAGAAAAUGAGAGCUGAAGUUGUAGCUUUGAAAGAGGAAAGAGACCACCUGGUCAGUUUGGUAGAGAAAUAUGGAAUGUAUGAGCAGUUCUUGGCACGUUCUGUUGAGAGGAUGCCCGAUGUUUGUGUAGAGGGAGCAGUGGAAGCAUCGAUUCAACUUUUGAUAGCCAGAUACAAAGCUAUGAGGGCAACUAAUGCAGAAGCUCGGCAGAGGAGUGGAGAUCUAGGCAAGGAGUACAAAGCAAUGCAGAAGAGAUUGAGCACUAGAGACUCUGUCCAAACAGAGACAAUUAUGAACUGCAGUCGUCGAUUAUCUGAAGCACAGGAAAAGCUGGGAGCUUUGAUGAGGAAAAACCACGAGCAGCAAGAAACAAUAACAGAAAGAGAGACAGCGUGUAGAGAGAAUCGCCAACUGUUUAGCAAAAUUGUUUUGGCUAUUGAGAAUAUUCGAGAACAGUGCGUAUACCCUGGCGAACGACUAGGAAAGUGUGAAAGUAGUACAGUUAAUCAGUUACAGAAGAUUGAGGAAUUCAUAUUGGACAGAACAGCAAUUCUUGAGCUAGCUCACAAGCAAAGUGAUGCUGAUGCUGGUGCGGAUCAACAACCUAUUGCGAUCAGACAAGUUUCUCAACAAAACAUCAAUUAUAGGAAAGAUCAGAGAUACCAGAGAAGUAAAAGUGCUCCAUUAUACUAACACAACGCCAAUUUGAAAUGAUGUAGCAUACCAUGCAUGGCCAUGGCUGGCACUGGUUCCAGUUUGGUCACUAUUAGAAUUACCAGAAAUUAUGUGUAGUCUUCUUGUUGGCAAUAAUAUAUGUCCAGUAUUAAAGUUAAGUUUAUAGAACAAAAUUACAACAUCUAUACGUUUUGGUAUACUUAUAGGACUUAAUUAGGAGCUUGUGGCUCUUCAUUAUCGUUUCAAUAAUUAAA